GCAUAUAAAGUAAACACAAGGCUAUGAAUUCGUAGCAACUGAAUUUAACCAGAACUUAUAUAGUAGUAUUGUACAUACGCAAUAACUUAACUAUGAAUCAUUUGAAUAUUCCACGUGAAGAAAACUUUUUUUCUAAAUUCGGACAGUAUGAAUUCGAGAGAGCAAAGAAGCGUGAAGAACUUAUGCAAGACUACUUGGAAUUCAAGCAAAGAGAAGAAAAAAGCUUCCAUAAUAGAUUCUCCGAUAAAAAGAAAAAUUGUCAUCAACCACUUGACUCCUCGGGACAUUUGAAGGUGCUUGACAAAUUUCCGAAUAUAAAUGAACCGUUUGGUGUACAAUAUGAGCUACCAAAAAGUGAUUUUGGAUGCAGGUUGACGGAACUAGAAAAGAAAAUCAACACUCUGUUUAACGAUCAAAGGCCUGUAGUGCACUCUAACAGACCUGAUUUAAAUGAUAAAUCCUUAGUACCAUAUGAUAGGGGUGCUUCCAUUAUCAAAGAAUUAAAGAACAACUCAGUAUCUAACAGUCCGGAUGCAGCAGACAAUAGAUACGAAGAUUUGAAAAAACGUUUACACCAAAUAACUGAAGCAGACAAACAUCUUAGUCUUAUAGAGGAAGAAUAUAAUAAGCUAAAGCAUAUUCAAAGUCCGUAUACGUUAGACCAUAAAAAUCCAACGAACGAGGGUCUUCGUAACUUAUCGUUCAGUUCGUGGAAGUCUGAAAAGAAUGAGGUAAAAUGCUCCAAGCAAAAUUUAAAGGAUAACUACAGAAAAGAGUUAGAGUCACAGAUUGCUGAGACAGAAAGAAAGCGUUCAUAUGAAAAGGCGGAUAGUAUAAAAGACAGUGCUAUGUGCCCAAUACCCACUUAUGCAUAUAAAAAUCCAGAAAUGGAGUCAAAUAAAAUAAACUCAAAUGAGACACAUUUAAAUUCGACAGAAUGUGUAUACUUUGAUGUAGGACAAAGAGAUUUGCUCGCAAUAAAUGCAUCAACUCAACCUUCACCCUCUAGAAUGUUGAAUGCUAGUGUUGGUAGUGGUAAGAAUGUGAAUACAGUGCAAAACCCAACGGACCUAAAAUUAAAAAAAAUGCAGUAUGCUGAGGAGUUAAAAAAACAAAUUGAGGAGGCAAGAGCGAAAAAAGCUAAGCAGAAAGAGGAUGACGAAGAAUAUAAUAGAAAGAUCGAGGAGCAGAACUGCAACCUUGACUUAUCAAGAGAAAUCCAUCCCCCUCAACAAAACAUGUCAAAUUCUGUCAACCCCGAACAAUGUUCUGACCAACAGGCGCGUACCGGUCUAGAUGUGUCGAAAGAAAUCCACUUUGAAACUUCAGAUAGAGCUUCAACAAAUUUCGAGCCUAAUUUCGCCAGAGGUGGACAUGGAAUAUUUGGCAGCCCAUUAACGGAGAUACAGAAACACAAUCUCCAAAAAUACAAAAAAGAACUAAGUCAGCAGAUAGCGGAGAAACGUCAGUUUAUGGAGCUUAAGAAACAAAAAGAAAUCGAGCUUGAGCAACGCGAGAUGGAAAGGAUUAGAGCAGAACGGUUGAAAAUGCAGAAAGAGUUCGAAGCGGAACAAGAACGGAAGCAAAAUAAAGUUGAGCGAGAUAUUCAACAAUUGAGCGACAAAAGUAAUGAGUAUAAAUUAAAACGUAAAGAAGAGCAUACUGGAAACAAAACGAAUUUGGUUGAGAUGAGGAACACUAGGUACAAACAUCCAUCAAAAAAUAUAAAGUCACCAACAUGCAGUCCUAAAAUCUUAAUAGGACCAGAAGCCAGCAAACUAAACCACUUGAAGCAAUUUGGUAGUGAGACAUCUGAUAAACACAGCAGUGAAAAGACGCAGUCAGUACUGAAACAGCUAACCGCAUUAAAAGCUCAACUAGACAGGGAAAAAUCCAAAACUGAGUCGAUGUAUUACCAACAGAAACAUACUCGUGGUAAUAACAACGAACGUAUGGAGGUUGGCACAUGUAAACAACGAUCUCGACCCCGAAUAAACAUAAAAGCUGUAGAACUAUUCCAAGAUGCUUCAAUUUUUAAUAAAAAUAACACUCAUAUUUCAUCAGGGCAAAUGCCUAAUCAUGUUCAAGACGUUGAGCCCGAGAUUUUGUUGGAAGAGCCUUACAUAGAAGAUUUAAGAGAUGUAGACCGGAAACAGAUAACUCUCUUGAGAAAGCAAAACAAUCAUCUCCAAGAGUUGAGAACGGAACUGUUGCAAAACAUCAAGGAUAAAAGCAGAGCUCAUUCAGUAAGGGAGAAAAAUGUUCAAAACUGCAACCCAUCCGGAAUGCAAAACCCAAUAUUAGAUGAGAAUGAUUCGCUAAUUAAAUCUCAAAAUGAGUCAGGUGAGAUGCUACACUCAACUUCUUUGUCUAACGGGUUUAUUGAUCUAAAUCAAAUUGCCGAAAAAAAUAAGCAGCGUUUGUUGAGACUAGAUGCGAUCCAGCUAUUAACUGAAGUGAGUGACGAUCCUGAAUCAGUUUUACAGCGUUUCGUUGGUGAACAUGACAGGAUGUUUUCAAGUGAACACAAAAACAACAUUUUUAACUAGUUCAACCCGAUGUCCCGUAUUUCAGUCUUACUGAGAUAAUUUAUAGAGUAUAUGUAAGCUAUAUAUCUGUAAUAUAUUUCUGAGGAAAAUGUAUCUAAGUACAUUUCAUUAAUAAUUCAUGUAUUGAGAUUAUUCCAGGAAUUUCAUAAAAGAUAUUAUUGUUUAG